AUGGUGAUCAACUACAGCAAGUGGGAUGCCCUCGAGCUCUCCGACGACAGCGACAUCGAAGUACACCCCAACGUCGACAAAAAGUCCUUCAUUCGCGCCAAGCAAGCCCAAAUCCAUCAGGAGCGCGACCACCGCAGACACCAGAUCAAGACCCUCAAAUACGAACGCAUCAUCAACGACGGCCUGACUGAGCGUAUCGAGAAGCUCCUCACAGCCCUCAAAUCGCAUAAAGAUAAAGAUGCAGAGGACAACACAGACCAGCUGGUCUUCCAGUCGCUGAUGGAGGGCAUGAUGGCAAGUGGGUCCGAGGACAGGCCGCCACCACCGCCAGAAGGUGUGCAUGAGCAUGUCAAAGAGAAGCCUACAUACCCGCAGAUGAUGGCGAGCUUGGUGGAUACCGUGAAGAAGGAGAUGGAUGAGAAGAAGGUGGUCGAUAAUCGGUUAGACGCGUUUAUCGCAGGGCUGGGCGAGCACAAGGAGAGGGUCGAGGGGCUGCAGAAGCAGUUACUGGCGAAGCUGGCGGAGCUCGAGGCUGAGGAGAAGAAGCACAUCACCAGCGACGAUAUUAAGGACGGGUUCAACUACUCCAACGUCAAGACGGAGGCUUCCUCGUCAGCGCCGAAGAAGCAGGAGUCGUCCGUCGAGUUGCUCAAUAACCCCUCACGCCCCGCCGCCCAGCGCACCGACACAGGUCAAGACUCUGGCGCAGACGGCGACAUAGAAGAGGGUGUAGCACUCGCUGACAACGAAGACGAUGUCGAAGCCUCACCGUUGGCUAAAGAAUUUGCAAAAAUCAAACGCGGCGACUGGUCCACCUGCCUCUCCUUCAUCUCCGCCCACCCCGAAAUCCUCAAAGAGAAAGAAACAGACGGGCUCCUCGUGGAAGCCUUCAACAGCGAACUCGAAGGCAAGCCCAAGCACGCCGCGCAGUGCGUGCACCAAGGCCUCCUUCUUCAAUACUGCCGGCAACUUGGCGGAAGAGACGGUGUAGCCCUCUUCUUCAAGCGCGUGCAGACGAAAGACCAUCAAGCAAAUAAGCUCUUCAACGACGACGUCGACUCCACUUACCGCCGCAUCCACGACCGCGCCGCAGAAAUCAAGAAAGAGCGCGAAGAAAACGCGGGCCAGGAAGGUGUCGAGCAGAUUCAACUGCACGCUGUCGAUCCCAACACUACCAUCAACAUCCAGGUCCCGCCGAAAGAACCCACGUCCACAGACGAAGAAGGCCGCGCGGUGGAAAUUGCAAGCAGAGAGAUCUUCGAGGCUUUCCCUCCGGGCUUGCAGCGCGCGCUGGAGAGCGGGAGCCUGGACGAGGUGAAUAAGGUAUUGGCAAAGAUGAGCGUGGACGAGGCGGAAGAGGUGGUAGGGAAGUUAGGGGAUGGCGGGAUGUUGAGUCUUGAGCAGGGCGUGGUGGAUGCGACGACAGACGAGGGGAAGAAGGUUAUGGAGGAAAUUGAGCGGAGUCAUAAGAUGCCUGAACAAGGUCAGGCGGUAAAUGCGGUGGACGAGGUCGAUUGA